AGCAUCUCCAUAUUCCCAGAUUCUUUUUUCAUCCAUUACACAAUUUAUAAACCUUCAAAUUUCACUCACAAUUUCCAUUUCCAUUUCCAUUCACUUCUCCUCUCUAUUUCUAUUUCUAUUUCUAUUUCUAUCUAUAUAUGUAUCUAUAUCUAUAGAUAAGAGACUAUACACACAUAGUGAGUGAGUGUGUGUGAAGUUUGUUACUAGUUAGUUACAAAUGGCCACGUCAUCAACAUCAUCAACAUUUUUUCCGGCGACUUCUGCUGCCGGAGCUCGGAAUUCAUUUCCGACGACUACUGAUACGUUCAUACAGUAUCGCCGGAACCGUCAAUUGAGUCGGUUAAAGGUUUAUACAAAAAAGUCUCUUGUUGUUAGGUCGGAUUUGGAUAAAGAUGUUUCAGAUAUGAGAAAUAAUGCUCCAAAAGGCUUAUUUCCACCAGAACCUGAACAUUAUCGGGGGCCCAAAUUGAAGGUGGCCAUCAUAGGUGCCGGCCUUGCUGGCAUGUCAACUGCCGUAGAGCUUUUGGAUCAAGGGCACGAGGUAGAUAUAUACGAGUCAAGGACCUUCAUUGGUGGGAAAGUGGGUUCGUUUGUUGAUAAACGUGGAAACCACAUUGAAAUGGGACUACACGUUUUCUUUGGUUGCUACAAUAAUCUUUUUCGUCUUCUGAAAAAGGUUGGUGCUGAGAGGAACCUCCUUGUAAAGGAUCACACUCACACUUUUGUCAACAGAGGAGGAGAACUUGGUGAACUUGAUUUCCGUUUUCCUGUUGGAGCACCGUUACAUGGAAUUAAUGCAUUUUUGACUACGAAUCAGCUUAAGCCUUAUGAUAAAGCCAGAAAUGCCGUGGCUCUUGCGCUAAGUCCAGUCGUAAGGGCUCUUGUAGAUCCAGAUGGUGCAAUGACACAAAUACGGAACCUAGAUAAUGUUAGCUUCUCUGAAUGGUUUAUGUCUAGAGGGGGAACACGUGCGAGUAUCCAAAGAAUGUGGGAUCCUGUUGCUUAUGCUCUUGGAUUUAUUGACUGCGAUAAUAUCAGUGCACGUUGUAUGCUCACCAUUUUCUCAUUAUUUGCCACUAAGACCGAAGCCUCCUUGUUGCGCAUGCUUAAGGGUUCUCCGGAUGUCUAUCUUAGUGGUCCUAUUAGAGACUAUAUUGUAGAGAAAGGAGGAAGGUUUCAUCUGAGAUGGGGGUGCCGAGAGAUUCUUUAUGAGAAAUCAGCUAAUGGAGACACAUAUGUUACAGGUCUUGCUAUGUCUAAGGCUACGCAAAAGAAAAUUGUGAAGGCAGACGCAUAUAUAGCAGCAUGUGAUGUCCCUGGUAUUAAAAGACUUCUGCCAUCUAAUUGGCGUGAUUGGGAAUUCUUUGAUGACAUCUACAAACUAGUUGGUGUUCCCGUUGUCACUGUGCAACUUCGAUAUGAUGGCUGGGUAACAGAAAUGCAGGACCUAGAACGAUCUCGGCAAUUGAGGCAGGCUGCAGGGUUGGACAAUCUACUUUACACUCCAGAUGCAGAUUUUUCUUGUUUUGCUGAUCUGGCACUAGCUUCACCUGAAGAUUACUACAUUGAGGGACAAGGAUCAUUGCUCCAAUGUGUGCUGACUCCAGGGGACCCAUACAUGCCUUUGCCAAAUGAAGAAAUUAUAAGACGGGUUACAGAACAGGUUUUGACGCUAUUCCCAUCUUCCCAAGGUUUGGAGGUUACCUGGUCAUCUGUGGUCAAGAUUGGGCAAUCUUUGUAUCGAGAGGGACCUGGUAAAGAUCCAUUUAGACCUGAUCAGAAGACACCAGUAAAGAAUUUUUUCCUGGCCGGUUCAUAUACAAAACAGGACUAUAUAGACAGCAUGGAAGGAGCAACUUUAUCAGGCAGACAAGCUUCUGCAUUUGUAUGUGAUGCAGGGGAAGAACUUGUGGCCUUAAGGAAAUUAAUUACCGCCAUCGAAUCCGUUGACACAAUUGGUGUUGACGAACUUACUCUUGUUUGAGGUGAUGUAAGUCAGAAUUAUAGUGUAUACUUCUUACGUAUAUUUAUAUUGGUCAAGAGGAUGUAAGAAUAUACAUUAGUAAUCUAUCAUUUUAUUCAUGAGCUA